AUGCUUCUCCCACGCCUUUUUGGCUCGGCUGUCCUAUCAUUGGCAAGCCUGGGAGCCGCCGUCGAACUCACUGGCUAUGAAUAUGUCAUUGUGGGAUCUGGAGCUGGCGGUGGCCCAUUGGCUGCUCGUCUUGCUCUGGCCGGCCACAAGACUCUACUGAUUGAGGCCGGAGAUGACCAAGGCGAGAACACCAAUUAUACUGUCCCGGCCUAUUCUGCCAAAGCUUCUGAGGACCCAACUAUCGCUUGGAACUACUUUGUGCGUCACUAUACAAAUGAUACCCGCCAGGCACUCGACUACAAGACUACCUACGAUACCCCCGAUGGCGGCGAAUACGUUGGACUCAAUCCGCCUGAGGGUUCGACAAUGAAAGGAAUCCUAUACCCGCGUACUGGAACUCUCGGUGGAUGCACAGCGCAUAAUGCUCUGGUCACCGUCUACCCAUUCGAAUCUGACUUUGACUACAUCUCCACACUGACCGGCGAUGGAUCGUGGGCCCCGGAUAACAUGCGCAAGUACUUUAAGAAGAUGGAGAAUAACAACUACCUCCUCCCUCUUCUUCCAGGCCACGGAUAUGACGGCUGGCUGCACGAUCAAACUGCACCGCUUAGCAUCGUCCUCGAAGAUCCUCUGCUACUGGACAUGCUACUCGGCGGCGCCUUCGCUUUGGGCAACGUCACCGACACCAUCUUCAACGUCGCAACUCUACUAGCUGCCGACGCCAACGCUGACUCCCGAACCCGCGACACUGAAAACGGAUACUACCAGGUCCCAGUUGCCACCCAUGGCGCAAAGCGCAAUGGUCCGCGCGAGUUCCUUGUCGCGGUCCGAGACGCUAAAAAUUCCGACGGCUCAAAGAAGUACCCCCUCGACAUCCGCACGAAUUGCCAAGCUACAAAGAUCGUCUUCGAUAACUCUACCGGUACACCACGAGCCAGCGGCGUCGAGUUCCUCGAUGGUAAGUACCUCUUCCGCGCGAGCCCACGCUCCGACACGGCUGCAAAGGGUGUUCCGGGUAACGUCACCGCUUCACGCGAAGUAAUCGUCGCAGGUGGUGUGUACAACUCACCCCACCUCCUCAAGCUAAGCGGUAUCGGACCGGCAGAUGAGCUCCGGCAGUUCGGCAUCGAUGUCGUCGUCGAUCUACCCGGUGUCGGCACCAACCUGCAGGAUCACUACGAGACUUCCGUGCAGGGUCAGGUCCCGCACAACUUCACCGCAUUGGAUGGAUGCACGUUCAGCGCGGAUAGUGCCGAAGACCCAUGUCUUGAGCGGUGGGAAAAUCCCAUCCUCGGUAACAGGGGUAUCUAUUCUUCGAACGGAUUCGCCAGUACCAUGCUGUACAAGAGCUCUGUAGCUGUGGAUGAUGACUUUGAUACAUUCGUCUUCGGUGGCCCGAUUAAUUUCCGUGGUUACUUCCCUGGAUAUAGUGUCAAUAUCACCGAGCACCAUGAUUGGUGGUCGUGGGCAAUUCUCAAAGCUCACCCGCGGAACACUGCUGGCUCCGUCACGCUUCGUUCCGCUGAUCCGCUUGAUAUGCCAGAGGUUGUGUUCAACUACUUUGACUCUGGCAGUGGCGACUAUGAAGCGGAUUUGACUGCAAUGACUGAGGCUAUUGGGCUUGCGCGGGAUGCGUUCAAGCGCCAACUUGUUGAUGUUGAGGAAAUUUUGCCUGGAAAGGACAUCGCCUCAACUCCUGCAAUUCAUGAUUUCAUAAAGGAGACCGCGUGGGGACACCAUGCUUCCUGCACAUGUCCUAUUGGUACAGAUGAUGAUCCUAUGGCUGUCUUGGACUCUAAGUUCCGCGUUCGUGGCGUUAGCGGGCUGCGGGUUGUUGAUGCUUCUGUGUAUCCUCGUAUACCUGGAACGUUCACUGCUGUGUCGACGUAUAUGGUUUCAGAGAAGGCGGCGGAGGAUAUUUUGAACGAACUUAACUAA